CCACACGCUCAUAGUAGAAGAAGAAAAGUAUUUCAUAACAAAACGUCACAUCUUCUGACCGCUGCUAUAGGAAACUGUGAUCCUCCUCCGGACUUUGCAUCCAUGUUGCGUUUGAUUGCCAAGUCCCUUUGCCUCCGGUGCCAGUGUGCCACGGCUAUACCUUUACACCUAAGACAGUGCUCGACACUGAGCUCAGCAGAGAACCAGCAGACCGUGGACGCUCUCUAUGAUCUCUCUGUGGACAUCCAGAAGGUCCGUCAACUAAAGAGCUGGGUUCUGCAUGAGUGCCCGGCCUACACCAAGCAGGUAGCUGACCUGCUGAAGGACAUGGGAGCCUCGGGCUCCGUCGUUGCCCGUAUCCUAGCAGGUCACCCUGAGGCUAUCCUGUGUCAUCCGGAUCAGAUGCGGUCUCAGAGGGAGCUGUGGAUGUCUGUGUGCCCAAAAGAGAAAGAGCUGGUUGGUAUAAUUGAGAAAUUCCCGGCCUCCUUCUUCACCUCUUCGAGCCACCACGACGACCAGCGGGACAACAUCGCCUACUUUCAGAGCCUCAACCUCAACAAUCGCAUCAUCACCAAGCUGAUGGCCAGCGCUCCACAGAGCUUCAGUCGGCCGGUGGAGCAGAACGAGCUGAUGGUGUGCACCCUGCAGCAGGCUUACCAAGACCUCGGGGGUGAGGAGGCCAACAUGAAGGUCUGGCUUCAGAAGCUGCUGAGUCAGAACCCCUUUGUUCUCCUCAAACGGCCCGAGGUGCUGAGGCAGAACCUGCUGUUUCUGAGAGACAAGGGCUUCAGCCCGGCCGAGCUCCUGCGCCUCCUGUCCAAGCUCAGGGGCUUUGUCACCGAGCUGAACCCGGAGUGCAUGAGCCGAACUCUAGCGUACUCCCAGGACACCAUGGGCUGCUCCGAGAAAGAGCUGCGGGGAAUCAUCCUCAACUGCCCGGCGGUGCUUUACUACCCUGACGUUAUACUAGCCGAGCGCUUCAAGGGCCUCCUCGGCGCUGGAAUCAGCAUGUCCCAAAUCAAAGAGGCUCCGACCGUUUUGGAGCUGACGACGCAGAUAGUGAAUUAUCGCAUCCAGCGACUGAGGGUGUACGGUUAUGACAUAAGGACGGGUAGUCUUGAGGUCCUAAAUGGCACUAAAAAGGAAUUUGAGAUGAGCUAUGGAAAAUUAAUGUUACGUAGAGAAAGGCCAAUUUUUAACCCCGUUGCCCCUUUAAAAGUAGAUGACUGACCGAGGUUGUGUAGACUAAUACAACAAAUUAAGGCUGUUCAAAUGUAUUGAGUGUUGGGGGAAAAUUGUUGAGCCUGCGUGGGGUGAGGCUCUCAGGAAUGUGACCUUUGAUGUGAGCCGGUGACUUAAGGCAGUCCAGGGUGAGAUAAGACACAGAUGGAACCAUACGUGCCCUGACUGACCUUUUAGAUGUUGUUGAUUGACCGGGUCCCUUAAGGGAGGGUCACGGGGUCACCCCUACGUCGUCUGGUACUUUUCCCUAACACUCCUCCUUGAGGGGUGGGCUCUCCUGUGCUGAGGCAGCACAAACCUCCCUGAAGUGUAUAUAAGCUCCUGUUCUCCUCUUCAACUUCAGAUCUUCCUGCUCCU